UUCGAAGUGUAAACAGACGCGCUCCCUACCCCAUUCUGUUUGAGCCAUUCUCACGAGCCAGGCGCGUGACGUCUGCCCCCAAAAUCCCCCUCGAAAACUUCAGUCGUCACCCUAUAUAGCUAUAUAUAUGUACACGCACCCCGCUGCGUGAUACGAACUCUUCCUCUAUUUCUCUUUUGAGUCUUUUCUUCCGUCGUUUUUUCUUCUUCAACUCGUCAAUGGCCGUCAUGGCUUGGUUUCCAACAAGACUAUCUCACAUCACAUCAUUCAAUGCCAAAAAGCCCAGCCUUUAUUACUACACUCUCGUAGCAAUUCUUUGUACAACUUUUUACCUUAUUGGGAUAUGGAAACACUCAGUAGGCCUCAUCCCCAACUCCGCCGCCGCCGACGGUUAUCUAACCGACGUCCCCUGCUCUUCCCUCCACUCCACUAUCGAACUCGACUUCUUGCCCCACCACCUCCCUCCUGACCCACCUCCCGCGGCGGCGCGUGUUCUUCACCUACCUCCGUGUGACCUUUCCUUCUCUGAACACACCCCAUGCGAGGACGUUAAAAGAUCGUUGAAGUUCGACAGGGGCAUGCUUGUAUACAGGGAGAGACACUGCCCUGAAAAGAACGAGUUGUUGAAGUGUCGAGUCCCGGCCCCGUACGGUUACAAGGUCCCGUUUAGGUGGCCCCGGAGUAGGGAGUUUGCAUGGUUCGCUAACGUGCCGCACAAAGAGUUGACCGUCGAGAAAAAGAACCAGAAUUGGGUUAAGGUCGAAGGGGAGCUGUUCAGGUUCCCUGGCGGAGGCACCAUGUUCCCGCGUGGCGCUGAUGCUUAUAUCGACGAUAUCGACAAGUUGAUCAAUCUCAAAGAUGGUUCAAUAAGGACCGCCAUUGAUACCGGUUGCGGGGUUGCGAGUUGGGGAGCUUACCUUUUAUCCAGGAACAUCCUAGCGGUGUCUUUUGCACCAAGAGACACCCAUGAAGCUCAGGUGCAGUUUGCUCUUGAAAGAGGAGUGCCUGCGUUGAUCGGAGUUCUUGCCUCCAUUAGGCUCCCAUACCCGUCAAGAGCUUUCGACAUGGCUCAUUGCUCUCGAUGCCUCAUCCCUUGGGGCCAGUAUGAUGGGCUUUACUUAAUUGAAGUUGAUAGAAUUCUACGUCCUGGUGGUUAUUGGAUUCUAUCUGGACCACCAAUUAACUGGGAAAAUCAUUGGAAAGGUUGGAAUAGGACACGGGAUAACCUGAGAGCAGAACAAAACCUGAUCGAGACUGUGGCUAAAAGCCUCUGCUGGAAAAAGCUUGUACAGAAGGAUGACCUUGCCAUUUGGCAAAAACCCACUAAUCAUAUCCAUUGUAGAGCUAACAGGAAGGUUUUCAAGCAGCCACGCUUUUGCCAGACUCAAAAUCCUGACAUGGCAUGGUACACAAAAUUAGAGACUUGUUUAACCCCACUGCCUGAAGUAUCCAAUAUUAAGGAAAUAGCUGGUGGGCAAUUAGCAAAAUGGCCCGAGAGGCUGAAUGCAAUCCCUCCAAGGAUCAGCAGCGGACGCUUGACAGGAAUCACAGAAAAAAUGUUUGUAGAAAACACAGAGCUAUGGAAGAAGAGGGUAGAAUAUUACAAGAGAGUAGACCAUCAGCUGGCGGAGACAGGGAGGUACCGGAACUUGUUGGAUAUGAAUGCUCAUCUGGGAGGCUUCGCCGCAGCUCUUGUCGAUGAUCCUGUCUGGACCAUGAACGUUGUCCCCAUCGAGGCUGAGAUCAACACUCUUGGAGCCGUCUAUGAACGUGGAUUGAUCGGAACAUAUCAAAGCUGGUGCGAGGCAAUGUCUACUUAUCCCAGGACUUACGAUUUCAUUCACGCUGAUUCUAUCUUCAGCCUCUACCAAGACAGAUGUGAAAUGGAGGAUAUACUUCUAGAAAUGGAUAGAAUUUUACGACCGGAAGGCAGUGUGAUCAUCAGAGACGACGUGGAUGUCUUGGUGAAGGUCAAGAACAUCAUAGAUGUUAUGCAAUGGGAUGGCAGAAUUGUAGACCAUGAGGACGGACCCCAUGAGAGAGAGAAGAUUCUUUUCGCAGUUAAGCAAUAUUGGACCGCACCUGCACCUGAACAAAGCCAACAAGGAAUUAAAACAAUUUCAUAGAGAUAAUUGUUGCUAUUUUUGGAGUUUAUACCUCAUUUUUUUCCCUACAGCAACAUGUCGGUUGAAUAGAUUAAUUUUUACAUAAAAAUUUUAUGGCUAUAAUUAGAUAUGUGAUAGUUUUCCAUUGUUUAAGGUGUGCGACGGGUGGUUCUUGUGGAUAAAUAUAUAUAUCCUUUGGUUUA